GCUGUCCGGGGAGGGGGGAGGGCAGGGCACCCAGGCUGGGAGGGGACAACGGAGCAGCAGCGGGAGAGCUGCCGGGAAGAUCUUUACUGAAUGCACAGCCUGCCUUUUCUCAGGGGGCACCCCUGACGGAGGGAGAUUCUGGAUGACCUAGUUUGGGAGGGUGGGGGUGUGAGGACAAGAACAAGGCCUGGACCUUGGGUGGCUGACCCUUUCGUCCAGUCCUGACACAGUUUUGGGGGGGCUGGCAGGGUCAUAGGAGCCCUGGUUCUGAUGGUCUUGGUGCGGGAGCAAGCUCAGGGUGGAUGCCUCUGCCACCUUGCCCCCAGGGCUCUCCCUGGGAACCGGAACCAGCAGUUCCAGCGUCCAUCUCCCCAGAGGGGGUGGGGCCGGAGCAGUCCAGCCCCUCCCUGGACAAGGGCCUCAAAUACCCUCCUGGGCCCUCGCGCCACAGCUGCUGUGGCCAAACUCGGGGAGCCGGUCUUGUGCCACAGACACACCCCCAGCCUGGAUCUCCAACCUCAGUCCUGAGCCUCAGAUACCGCCCCAUCCACAUCCCAGCCCGCCCGCUCUGCGCCAUGGGUGGGCCCCGGGUCCUGCUGGCCGCGCUAUGGGCCCUGGGGGCCGCUGGAGCCGCGGCGCUGCGCAUCGGCGCCUUCAACAUCCAGAGCUUUGGCGACAGUAAAGUGUUGGACCCGGCCUGCGGCGGCGUCAUUGCGCAAAUCUUGGCUGGCUAUGACAUCUCGCUGGUGCAGGAGGUUCGAGACCCGGACCUGAGCGCCGUGUCCGCGCUCAUGGAGCAGAUCAACAGCUUGUCCAGGCACGAGUACAGCUUCGUGAGCAGCGAGCCCCUAGGUCGGGACCAGUACAAGGAAAUGUACCUGUUCGUCUAUAGGAAGGACGCGGUGUCGGUCGUGGACACGUACCAGUACCCGGACCCGGAGGACGCUUUCAGCCGUGAACCUUUCGUGGUCAAGUUCUCGGCCCCCCGCUCGGCUGCUGGGGAGUUCGUGCUCAUCCCGCUGCACGCGGCGCCGCACCAGGCCGUGGCGGAGAUCGACGCUCUCUACGACGUGUACCUGGACGUGAUCGACAAGUGGGGCACGGACGACUUGCUGUUCCUGGGCGACUUCAACGCCGACUGCAACUAUGUGCGGGAGCGCGACUGGCCGUCCGUCCGCCUGCGCAGCAGCGAGGUCUUCAAGUGGCUCAUCCCCGACAGCGCCGACACCACCGUGGGCAACUCGGACUGCGCCUACGACCGCAUCGUGGCGUGCGGCGCCCGCCUGCGCAGGAACCUCAAACCCCAGUCUGCCGCCGUGCACAACUUCCAGGAGGAGUUCGGCCUGGACCAGGCUCAGGCCCUCGCCAUCAGCGACCAUUUUCCUGUGGAGGUGACCCUGAAGUCGCACUGAAAACACUCAUGGCCAGGAGAACAGCCCUACAGGGUUCCUUCUGGGGGUCUGGCUAGCCCCCAGCAAGGCCACAGGGCAGGGUUGGCUGGACAAGCGGCUACAAAACAUCACAGGACCACCCAGUCUGUUUGCCCAUCUGUGAAAUGGGCUACUCUACCUACCUCAUAGGGUUGUGAGGAGCAGCCUGCAGAGCGCUGGGCACACGGCUGCACUCAAUAAACACGAGUGAGUGCUCAGCCAGGA